AUGAAGAAGAAGGAAAAGGUGCUGCUUAUGGGCAAAAGUGGAUCAGGAAAGACGUCCAUGCGUUCCAUCAUUUUCAGUAAUUAUAUUGCUCGAGAUACUAGACGACUCGGAGCCACAAUCGAUGUUGAACACUCCAACGUCAAGUUCUUGGGCAACUUGGUGCUUAAUUUGUGGGAUUGUGGAGGUCAAGAAGCGUUCAUGGAAAAUUAUUUUGCAUCACAAAGAGACAGAAUCUUCAAGAAUGUGGAAGUGCUUAUUUAUGUGUUUGAUGUUGAAAGCAGAGACUGGGAGAAAGACUUACACUACUAUCAAUCAUGCUUGGAAGCUAUUCUCGCCAACUCGAAAGAAGCUCGCAUUUUCUGUUUGAUACACAAGAUGGAUCUUGUCCCGGAACAUCAAAGAGAUCAGAUUUUUGAGCAGCGUGUUACAGAGCUUCAGAAACGCUCUGAACCAUUAAACAUCCAAGCCUUUCGAACAUCUAUUUGGGAUGAAACUCUGUACGCAGCCUGGUCCAAGAUUGUGCAUUGUUUGAUUCCAAACAUUCGUGUAUUGGAAUCACAUUUGGAUCAUUUCUGUCGUAUCUGCGAUGCUGAUGAAGUUGUCUUGUUUGAAAGAACCACCUUUUUGGUGAUUGCAACAGCAGCAACCAUCCCACAUCAAGAUCAUCACCGAUUUGAGAAAAUCAGUAAUAUCAUAAAACAGUUUAAUUUGGGUUGCAGUCGAUCGCAAACAAGAUUUAAAAGCAUGGAGAUUCGAGGAAGCAGCUUUACUGCCUUUAUCGAUGUCUUGACAAAUAAUACCUAUGCCAUGAUCGUCAUGUCAGAUCCCAAUAUACAAUCUGCAGCAACAUUACUCAACAUUGCAGCUGCUAAAAAACACUUUGAAAAGUUGGAAGCCUCCAGAUAA